UAUUCUGGGUUAAACUGGUUUUUCCAGGAUACAGCCCCUUUCAUUUCAAAAACCACGACCAGAUACCACCCAUAAAUAUUUGAGCUUUCAUUUGCUUUCUUAUCAACAUCUUAAGGCCAAUAAUUCAUCGGAGCUUCUUAUAUCAAAGUGUUGAAGUCAAAAAGAAGAGAGCACAAAAAUCCAGAGUUGUAGCAAUGGAAGCAGUGAACCUCAAGAAAAAAGAGUGCAAAAUUGUGGUAGCCGUGGAUGAGAGUGAGGAGAGCAUGUAUGCACUUUCAUGGUGUCUCGGAAAUUUGUUUUCUCAAAACACAACCAACACCCUUGUGCUUCUUUAUGUGAAACCUCCACCUCCUGUCUACUCCUCCUUCGACGCUGCAGGGUAUGUGUUUUCCAGCGAUGUGAUCACAGCCUUGGAAAAAUAUGGCAGUGAUCUGGUCAAUUCAGUGAUGGGAAGAGCCGAAACUAUCUAUUCAAAAUUCAGCAGCAAUAUAAUUGUGGAGAGAAUUGUUGGAAGUGGAGAUGCAAAGGAAGUAAUAUGUCAUACGGUGGAAAAGAUCAAAGCCGAUACACUGGUGAUGGGAAGCCACGGUUAUGGUUUCCUCAAAAGGACGCUUCUGGGAAGUGUAAGCGAUCAUUGUGCCAAGCAUGUUAAAUGUCCAGUGGUGAUCGUGAAGCAUCCAGAGAAGAUAUAAAGUUUCUUCUCUGUUUUCUUCCUUGAAUAUUGUCAGAUGGUUUCCACAAGGUUGUAUACGAGUUAACUUUAAUUAAAUACCUAGGCACUACAUCUUGCUUCUCAAUUCUCAUGUUCCACUUCUAGUUCCAAGUGUAAUUUAGCAGUAAUUUCCACGUAAUGGAUCGUCCACUAACACUAGCAGAAAAUAGAUAAUGAGGACUGUGGUUUCUUAUC